AUGGGGGACCGACAGCGGCGGAGCGGGAGACUCGGGAACCUCACGACCAAGUCCGGGGUCUCCAAGGAGACCAAGCUCCGGUUGCGCGUGGUCUUCCUGGAUGACAGCGAGCGCACGUUCGAAGUGGAGCAAAAGGUUUUAGGUGGCGACUUCUACAACAAAGUGUGCGGUCAUCUGAAACUGCUGGAGAAGGAGUACUUUGGCCUGGAGUUCAGACACCACAGUGGCAAUUAUGUUUGGUUGGAGCUGCUGAAACCUUUGGUCAAACAGAUCAAAUACACCAAUGAUUUAUUCUUCAGGUUUAUAGUCAAAUUUUUUCCACCAGAUCCUGGACAACUCAAGAGAGGCCUCACCAGGUAUCUUUUUGCCUUACAGAUCAAGCAGGACUUGUCUAAUGGCAGUCUGACCUGUAAUGACAACAGUGCCGCCCUGCUGGUCUCUCACAUACUGCAGUCAGAGAUAGGGGACUAUGAUGAGGAGCUGGACUGCCAGCAUUUGGAGAUGAAGCACUAUGUUCCCAACCAGGAAUAUCUGGACCACAAGAUCAUUAAGUUUCACAAGAAACACAGAGGACUCUCUCCAGCAAACUCCGACAUCCAGCUGCUGGAGGUGGCGAGGAAGCUGGACAUGUACGGAAUCAGGCCUUACCCUGCCUAUGAUGGGGAGGGAAUGAGGAUCAAUCUGGCUGUCACACACUCUGGAGUGCUAGUCUUUCAGGGAAACACAAAAAUCAACACAUUCAGCUGGGCAAAGAUCCGCAAGCUAAGCUUCAAACGCAAGCAUUUCCUCAUCAAACUACAUGAUAAAGUUGGGCCCUCGUGUAAGGAUACACUAGAGUUCGCCAUGGCCAGCCGUGAUGUGUGUAAAUCAUUCUGGAAGAUGUGUGUGGAGUACCAUGCUUUCUUCAGGCUGGCUGAGGAACCAAAGGUCAUACACAAAACUCUGCUAUCAUGUAAAGGCUCCAGCUUCAGAUACAGUGGUCGGACCCAGAAGCAGCUGCUGGAGUGUCUGGGAUCAGGGGAGAAGAAGCCUUCGCACUUUGAAAAGAUGUACAGUCAGACAGACUGUGACCCCAGACAAUGUCGAUCUUCUCCUGAUCUCCUCACAGAUGUCUCCAAACAGGUGUAUGAACAUUCCCACCCAUUCCCACGCUCAAGUCGUGCUCUGGCAAUACACAGCCAGGAUCAGUUGGAUCCGCAUCAUCGAGACAAUGAUAUUGAAAUCAACGAAAGAGGGGCUAAACGCAGCCAUUCAUGUGUUGAGGUCAGCCAGAGGCCUCGCCUCCUCUCCCAAGUCACUCCUCUUUCUCCAUCUGUCCACCAGACAACGCCGCCUUCACCCUCACCGAAGACGAGAUCUGCUUCGAUAUCUGUAGUAGAUGACGCAAGGGGGGUACGAAUCGGGACACAGCGCCAAGCCCAGCGGUUAGCUGGUGUCUAUGGAAACCGAUCUAGACGUCGACCCAACCCCCAGCCACAUCCAGAUGCAGGACAGCAGCUGGUCCUUCUCUACCCUAACAGCCCUGCCUACCAGUAUCAUCCUGUCCUCCCAUCGUUCCCAUUAGCUGGCUCCUUGCCACUUAACCGACAUCCCUACUUGUCGGAAUUUGUUGCUGUUUCCUCACUGGAACGAAUUCCACAUACAAGACGGCGGGAUUAUGUGACAAUGGAUGGCAUAACACGGCCAUCUUUUUACCCAAUGUGUCACGAUUCGCCAUCUAGUUCACCAAUCAGGAGAAACCUCCGCUCCAGUGGUUCAGGUGGGCUGGGAUUGGCCAGAAUGCACCAACCAGGAAGCAAUGGUGCAAGACUCAGGGGCGUUGGACAUACAGAGGCAGGUCAUUACAGCGAUGACUCCAACUUCCUUCCUGGACUGCCUCGCCGUGUAGCCAGCCAACCUGAUGUCAAAUUAAACCUCUCGAGGAGUUCAAACACUGCCUUUAACCCUGCUUCUGAGUUUCGCCCUCUUGGUUACUACCCCCACCUGACGCGCCCCUCCAGACCCACCUACCUCCCACUAAACUCUUCCCCUCUGCCUGAACGCCCCAGUUCACUAUGUAUGAUUGGCAGCACUGCGGGAAGCUACAGCGACUCAGACCCGGAGGUUUUCUAUCCAUACUACUGCCCUGCCCCUCAGGUGGGCAAGAUGGUACGGUCCGCUGGACUAGCGAGGAUGAGGUUUUCAUCGGGGAGUCUCCAACUUGAUGAGGAGGAAGAGGGGGAGGAGGAAGAAAGGGAGCAUGCAACAGCAAAAGAAACUGCAAAGAAGGAGCCAGAGGGUGAAGAGGAGAAGAAAGAAAAGAGUGACGGAGAGGAUACAAAAGGAGCGGCAAAGGUUACUGAAGUGACGCUGUAG